UGUCGAGUUGUUGUACCCGGUUGUUUUGGAGGUUGGCCAGAGAUUCAACUUGAGAGAAUCCGGUAAGACUGUCGGUACUGGUAUGAUCACCAGAGUUUACGAAGAGUAGGUUUGCGGUUCGCCUUGCGUUGAUAGAUGAUGCCGAGGCGCGUUGCUGUACUAUCCAUAUAUAUACACAACGAGCCGACUCGUUUUAUUUUCAUGUUUAUAGUAUAUCAAUACACUCCCUACGUACGUACCUACGUACGUACCUACGUACGUGCCGAACUCAGUCUGCCGCGCAUCCUCUGCGCUUGUGUUUAUUUCCGUUCCCCGCGGACGCGUCUGCCGCUGUCGCCACGUCAACAGUGCCGCCAACGGCGACUGCCGUGCUGGCUAUACUAGCAAAGCCAGCAGCACGGCACAAGGACAGGAAUCUUACGGAUCGCCCCCACACCAAUGCUGGCCA